CAAACAUGUACUCUACUUUUGUUUUCAUUCAUACUGAGGCUACUCGAUCAUUGCCGAUUUUCCCCGUCUUUAAAAUUAACGUUACCUUUUCACUAUGUAACAUUAUUUGAAUGCAACUACACAAAUUUAUUAUCAUGCGACCGAAAUAUAGAAGUCCGUCACUGUAAGCGACAGCCCCCAGUUUCCCUUCACAGGCUGCACAAUGUCGGAUAUUACCAGCAAUUUCACUGAGUCAAAGUCUCCAAACGACAGCAAAGACACAUUUGUCGACAGUAAAGAGACUGAGGAAAUGCAGGAUGAGGAUGGGGAGCUUGUGUUGUCUCACCAAGAAGCCAUGUCAAAAGUGGAGGCAUCCAUUAAUGAAAUCAUCUCGACAGAUCCUCUGUUGUGUGACCUGCCACCAGAAGUGACACUCGAGGAAAUCAAUUCCUUUAUUGCUCUGGAGCAUGGCCAAGCAAUAGUGGUAAAUGUACACAGAGCUGAUGGAGAAGUGUUGUCAGUGGUAGUGGUUCAAAAUGGCACUGUUCUUGACCUUAAACAUGCCAUUAAACGCCAUAUGACCUUGAAACUAUCUCGCAGCAAAGGAAAGAAGCACAUCAGUUGGAAAUAUAUUUGGAAAAGGCACUGGUUGUAUUUUGAUGGACAAAAACUAACUGAAGACAAGAAGUUACUUAAAGAAUAUGGCAUAAGAAAUAAAGAUGAAGUGACAUUUAUCAAGAGAUUAAAAGAGAAGUGAUAGAUGAUGUUCCAGAAUUAAUCAUGAAAAUGCAUAUAAUUCUGUACAUCCAUUAUUGUGAAUGUGUCACAAAGGGAAGUAACUCUGUGACAGUUCCAGAAUUGAUCAAGAAAACGAUGCAUGCAUUAUGAUCAUGAACUUGUGAAUGUGUCAACUUAAAUGGAGGCAACCCUAUGACAAUUUUUCUCUGUAUUAGUGAAUCCUGAUAACAUUUUGUAUGUGCAUCAUAGUUACACCCAAUACUACAUGUGUAUCAGUAUGUAGUGAAUGUAUACAGUAUGUUAGAGCAUAACACUUGUUUAAAUGAAUAAAUGUACAAAUUUUAAA